AAUAGGGCGAGAGGAGUUGUGGCGACUAGCGAGUUUGGUUUGGAGGAGGGGUUCAAAGAUUCAGAUCUGAUUUAAUACAGAAGAGAAGAGAAGAGAACGGAAUUUUAAUUAAGGUUCUCAGGGUGUUUCAAUCAAAAUUACCUUGACGAGUCAUACGAAACAUUUAGAAAUAAAAACAGCACCAGAAAGGAAAGUGAGGAAUCAAAAGGGAAAGAAAAGAAGAAGGAGAGAUUGGUUUUUGGAUUAAGAAAUUUGGUCAAAAAUGUAAUCGGCUCUAUAAAGGCAGACCUAGAAAAGGGGAUAAACAGAUGUGUGGCUAAGGAGUAUGAGUCAUCAGAAACUGUGUUUGAGUACUUCUUGAGGAAUCUAGAGUAUGCCCAGAUUUUCCACGGAUGAUAGCAAUGGUGCUUACUCUUUGAAAUCUUGAUGAUUCUCCUUAUUACUAGAGCAUGUUUGGCACAAGUAGUUAUUAGGAAUCGAUUUCGUCUUUACUUGUUGUUUGGCACGCGGAGGCGUCAUAGUUGCAUAGAUGAGAGUUUUCAUGGUCGUAAAUGUAAUCUUGCUCUGGAUGGACAAGCAGAUACGAAAAUGGAGAAGCUAUAGAACUUCACUCAGCUUGUUUUCUCCGGAGACAAUACAGGGAGGUUUUUGAAAUACAAUCCAAAUACAAAGGAAACCAUCGUCCUUGUCAGAAACCUCCAAUUCCUGAUGGAGUAACCAGGGGCAAGGACAAGUCAGUCUUCAUCUUCUGUGAAGGAUCCCUCGGCAGGUUGAGGAGAUACUGAGUUGAAAGGAGAGAAAGCAAGGACUUCUGAGGUAUUUGCCAUUCUACCUGGAUUUCCAGAUAAUGUAAGAAUUGGGUGGCUGUCCACUGUUGCCGAUCCAUAUACAGCUAUGUAUUAGUGUGGUCUUUACCCUGGACUCAGUAAAUUCUUGCUGAAGUUCCCAAUCACAGCCAAGACCCAAUUCGUGCUCAGUAUUGGAGGCCGACUUCAUGGAGUGCUCGUCAAGUACAACCCCGAGGGUGUAAACUCAUGCAAAUAUUGGAGGACAGUGAAGGCAAGGUUGUUAAAGCCGCAACUGAAGUGGAAGAAGAGAAAGACGGGGAAUUAUGGAUAGGUAGUGUCAAGUGCACGCGAUACAGUCUUACCAGAAAAAUCUAUCUACUUCUUUUGUCUCGCGAUGAAAAGUGAAGUCUUUACAGACAAAAUUGGAAUCGAUCAGGAAUUCUGGAUAUUAUGAUCUUAUCUUAUUUGAAUUGAAGGGAUCUAUUACCUGUUUGUCCCCCACGAGAAUACUGCUUUAUAAAUGAAUCCAAUUUGAUUAAUAAAUGUGUAUUUGAAACUUUAAAAAAGUUCCAACAUCACAUCAUUUUCAUUUCAGAGGAGAAAUACAAGAUUAUAAUUACUACCAAGACUGGAGUUCCUUGGCUAAUUCCCACUGUGGUUAAAGACUAGAAGAGUUCCUUAAACAUUGACUUCCCUCCGAUGUCAGUGGUAAAGUCAUUGGGUGAUGGUACCAGUGACCUGAGUUCAAAAUUCUAUCGGCAUCAAAUUCUUUACCGAAAAAAUCUUCGUUGGGUGCAAAGUUGUGCCUUCAAAAGUUAUCUGAAGUCGGACCUAUAAUCCACUGGGUGCCGUACAGACCACAAUUUUCCACCCACAAUUAAAACGUAGGUACGUCUAAGCGUCCAAGUGGAUACCACCCGCCGAAUUUACAUAAACUUGGUUAUGACACGCGCCACUCUGGUAAGAAUUGUGCACGGACUGUGCAACACACUAUGUGCGUUCGUUUCUCAACGGAUUUAAUCAUUUUCUUUCUUAUUAGGUAGGUGAUUGAUGUCAUUGCUGUCUUCGUCAUUGAGGCUAACAUUGGCAACAAGGUGCAUGCUGAGCUGUUGGAUCUUCAUGUUCAUUUUACUUUCCAUGUAUAUGCUGUUGUAUAUAGUUUCCACUUAAUAGCGACAUCUUCAUCAGUUAAGAUUUCUAGUGCUAGAGAAACAUGCAUGAAUCUUCAUCUUCUUCUUCUUCACUAGGAAAAUGGUUAGGGUUCGUAACAGCAAUAUGGGUACAAGCGAUAUCAGGAAACAACUAUACAUUUUCAAACUACUCGGCUGCUUUAAAAUCAUUAAUGUCUUUAACUCAACUACAACUAAAUAAUCUCUCAGUAGCUAAAGAUGUUGGUAAAGCUUUUGGUGUUCUUGCUGGUAUAGCUUCCGAUCGUCUUACCACUCCUGCUAUUUUAUUAAUUGGAUCUCUGGAAGGUCUUAUCGGUUAUGGGGUUCAAUGGCUUGUUGUUAGUCGGAGAAUUCAUCCUCUUCCUUACUGGCAGAUGUGCAUAUUUCUGACCCUGGGAGGAAACAGUACAACAUGGAUGAAUACAGCGAUUCUAGUUACAUGCAUGCGCAAUUUUCGUAAAAAUCGCGGUCCUGUAUCUGGAAUCUUAAAAGGGUUUGUGGGUUUAAGCACAGCGAUCUUCACAGAUGUUUGUAGCGCUUUGUUUGCUGAUAGUCCUUCAAAAUUUCUGCUCAUGUUAGCAAUAGUUCCUGCCGUGGUUUGUCUCACUGCAAUUUUCUUCCUCCGCGAAGUUCCAGAAUCCGUUACAAAUACAGCUGCCAGACAAGAAGAAGAAUCCAAAUACUUGAACUUCUUCAAUAUUGUUGCUGUGGUUGUUGCUCUAUAUCUCUUAAUAUAUGAUCUCUCCGGAAAGCACAGUCAUCUACUGUCUUUGCUUUUCGCUUCUGGACUUCUACUUCUAUUAGUAGUUUCGCCAUUGUCUAUUCCGCUAUACUCUAUAUUUAAGAACUCAAACUCUCAAAAUAAUAAUAAUAAUGAUGUUGAAACAAGAACUCAAGAAGAAGAAGCACAAACAGUUGAAACAGAAAUGAGAGAAAAAUCGGUACUAGUAGUAGAAGAAGAGAAAGAUUUGGAAACUGACAAAGUUGUUGAAACGGAUUAUAAGAAACCAGUUCUUGGAGAAGAUCACACAAUCUUAGAGGCAGUUCAAACUUUAGAUUUCUGGAUUCUUUUCCUUUCGUUUCUUUGUGGUGUAGGUACUGGUUUAGCUGUGAUGAAUAAUCUGGGGCAAAUGGGUUUAGCUCUUGGGCAUGCUGAUGUUUCUAUAUUUGUAUCACUUACAAGUAUAUUCGGUUUCUUUGGUCGUAUCGGCUCAGGAACGAUAUCUGAAUAUUUUCUCAAGAAUCAUGCAACACCAAGGCCGCUAUGGAACGCUGCAUCGCAAAUCCCGAUGUCUCUAGGAUACAUUGUUUUAGCCAUUGCAUUACCAGGUUCCUUGUACGUGGGCUCAAUUGUUGUUGGUAUUUGCUACGGUGUUCGUCUUGCCGUUACAGUACCCACUGCUUCGGAACUAUUUGGCCUUAAAUACUAUGGUUUGAUCUACAACAUUCUAAUCUUGAAUCUUCCCCUUGGGUCAUUCCUAUUCUCUGGUUUGCUGGCUGGUUUUUUGUACGAUGCACAAGCAACUAAAACAAAAGGAGGUGGAAAUACAUGUGUUGGAGCUCACUGUUAUAGACAAGUUUUUGUGGUCAUGGCUUUGUCGUGUGUAGUUGGUUUGGUGUUGGACGUGCUACUUGUGUUCCGAACGAAGAAACUUUACAAAAAGAUCCAAAUCGGUAAGAAGUCUGGCUAGGAAAAUUAGGUGUAAAUCCAAAAAAAAAUGAAACUGGAGAUUAAGCUCCUUUCAGUGUAGUUGUAUGUUGAAACUUAUAUUUUUCCUAUUCCUAAAAAUAAGAACUUGAUCAGUGAUUAGUAUUUUUUUUUUUGAUCAAUUCAGUAAUUA